UCGUUCCUGCGUCUCUGGAGUUCUGAAGGCGAUAGAGACGCACACACGCCAUUUCAUCCGCCCGCUACUACUGCGACAUCACAGCUCAGAAUGUCUGACGAAGGAAAGCUGUUUAUCGGCGGGUUGAGUUUCGACACAACCGAACAGUCGCUAGAAGACGCCUUCUCCAAAUAUGGCGUCAUCACCAACGUUCAUGUGGCCCGAAACAGGGAAACCAACAAAUCCCGAGGAUUCGGCUUUGUGACUUUUGAGAAUCCAGAUGAUGCGAAGGAUGCGCUGGAAGGAAUGAAUGGAAAGUCGGUGGAUGGGCGUACGAUCCGCGUGGACGAGGCCGGGAAGGGCGGCGGUGGAGGAGGAGGCCGGUCCGGUGGAGGAUCCUACAGAGGAGGAGGAGGGGGAAGAGGAGGUGGGGGUUUCUUCAGGGGAGGCCGAGGAAGAGGAGGUUCGAGAGGCGGAGGUGGAUACGGUGGAGACCGCGGUUACGGCAGCAGCGACCGUAGUUACGGCGGAGACCGAAGCUACAGCGGCGGCUACAAGAGUGGAGGAGGAGGCGGAUACUCCUCUGGGGGCGGUGGUGGAGGAGGCUACAACAGGGACAGGUGAGGAGUUCCAGUUACGGCGAUCGAGGCGGCUCUUACAGAGAUAGCUAUGAUAGCUAUGGUACGUAUUAGCUUCUUCGCCUCUACCAUCCCCACAUGAGCAUGUCGCUGCAGACUGGCAAAACAGGCUUUUCUUGAGUUUCCUCAACGGGGCGGAUAGUCAAGACUUUUUUACCACGUUACCUUUUUUUUUUUUUCUCUCUUUCUUUUUUUACAUGGGUUUAUAAAACACAAAUGCUUUAAUUCUCAAUUUGGAUCUCGAGCUUCAUGACUUCAAGUACUCAAAAAGAACCCAAAAAGAACGAUCCGAUCAUCUCCAUUGGAGGAACGGUCGCGCCGUCAUUCUCCAGGCCGCUCGAAACGACCCUGUUUUCCUGUCUUUGCUCUGGUUGGUUAGCUAGAGGGAUUUUGUGUCUUAAACCUGUUGAGAUUCUUCAGUGUCUUGAUGUGUGAUACUUCCUCCUCAGCUGUACACGAGUAAAACCCAAGACCCGACACGACACUGGCCGAGCGUUUCUAAAGACUCAUGGAUCUAUUCUUGGAUUUGUUUUGUAGCUGUUCUCCCUGUUUCUGUUCUGUUGUACUUUAAGAAAAGGCCGUUUCUGUUCAUCAAGCCGUGAACGAAUGCAUGUUCACGUUUCACGAAGAGCGCCGACUGGUUCCUCCACAUUUAAACGUUAUAUUUGACCAAUGUCCUUCACGGGGAGUCGAGUGUGUUUGCUCAACGAAGCCUCUGUUUAUUCCAAUCCUGUUCCAGUAGAUCUAGUCUCUCGUUAAGAGAACGGCUCCUUUUGUUACUUUGAUAAGCCAGGCAUUGAUUUGUCCAGUUUCCAUAAAGUGAUUCCUUUCCGCCUGGUGGCCGUCGCUGCUGUUCUCGAGUCAGUCUCUGCUCGACGCCUGCAUUUUAAUCAUGGACUCUUGACUAAUAUAUAUAUCGAAUAUUUACUUGAAAAGAGAACCAGAAAUUGUUAACAGUACACUCCAGAACUGGGAAGAAAAACUUGUGCUCUUUUGUUUUUUCUUUGUAUCAGAAUUUGACUCACUAUUUUGUUUUUAUUCCUUUUUUUUGUUGCUCUUCAAUUGUGGCUUCAUGGAGCCUAUUAAACGAAACGAUUUGUUCAAACGC